CCCUUUAAUCCUGCAGAGGAGCUCCAUGAGAUGGAAUGGAAAGGUCUAUGAAGAGAUCCCGAUAGCUCACAUCAAAGCUACCUACAACAACACCCAUGUCCAAGUGGUCACCUUUGACAACAUGUCGCUGGCCCACACGUCCUGUGGCACAGAAGGCUUCCAGAAUGCCAAGAAGGCAACUGCCAUCGCGGCACAGACCGCAGCCAUGGCAGCAGCAGUGAAAGCCCACGGGAAAGGUGUUGUGCAUGUACGAGUCAUGGUGAAAGGACUGGGACCGGGACGCAAAGCCGCCAUCAAGGGUUUGACAAUGGGUGGUUUGGAGGUCAUCUCCAUCACUGACAACACCCCAGUGCCACACAACGGCUGCCGCCCUCGGAAGGCCAGGAGAAUGUGA